CCCUUCCCUUUCUUUUUCCUUCCUUUUCCUUCCUUUUUUUUUGAAGCCAUGUGCCAAUUUUUUUUUCACAUCCGAAAAAUUACUUGGCAAGCGUACAUUUGAAUAUAAACAUGCACAUUUUUCUGUUUAUACGUACGAGUACACGUUUAUAUGUACAUUCGCCAUCUUAAGGGUUUUCCCCAAUGCGAAGCGAAUGCCGGCCAUCCGCCCUGCUUAGCCUUUUAUACAUGCGCGUUAGUGAGAAAUUCAGCCGGAGGAAGUGGCUGAACGGAAGGUUGUAGGACUCAUCUGCUUGAAAAUAUUACUUCACCAAUAGGAGGAACCAAACACAUGUCACCCCUCAUGUGUUGAGUCUCACCAUUUUGCACAUCUUCUCACAAUUGUAGGCUCCGCUGAUCGUCUGCCGCUCAGUGGAACGUUUUGUAUUUCACACGUGUAAAAGGGAGCGUGCAAAAAAAAAAAAAAAACGUUAGAAGUUUAAAUUAAAAAAGGAAAAAAAAAAAACUGGCGCAUGUGCACGCGCACAUUUUUCACACGCGACGAAAGAAAAAAUGAUGAAACCUGAAGUAAUCAACGCGAACGACGACAGUAAGGACUACUCCCGAUGGAAAAUUAUCUAUCCUAAUUAUUUAAAUAAAAAGAAAAAAGUGAAAGAAGGGAGAAAAAUAAACCUGAAUUAUUGUGUAACUGACCCAUCCGUUGACGAUAUUGCAUUGGCAUGUAAAGAAUUGAAAGUCCCAUGUGUCGUGGAAAAAAAUAAAUACUAUCCAAGGGAUUGGCUAGUGGAAGGAAGGAUACGUAUAAAAAUGCCGGACGCCGAAAGUAGUAACAUAUUUAGUAAAUUUGCCUUAAUGAAACAAAUCGGGUUGAAAUUGCAAACCAUAAAGUCGAAUGUAGAGCCUACUGUUGCGGCUAAUGCGAGCAGUGCGGCUAAGAAAAAGAAGAAAAAAAAAAACAAAGAUUAAUUUGGACAUGCAUGAAAAGCUAACAUAGGAAGGGCGGCUCAUUCGAUCUACAGAUGACUUAGCUCCCUUUGUAUGUCAACUCGAUCCCUAGGGGGAUAUUACCUAGCGAGGUGAUUAACCCAAGAUUCAAUGCUGAAUUGGUUGGACAUUUUGUUUUUUCCCCUAUUUCUUGUAAAUUUUUCCAGUGAACCCCACAGCGGGUACCCUUCCAGGGGGUCCUCCAAUUUGCUGCUCUUCAAAUGGAUUUCCUCCGGAUUGCAGUAGAUAUGGCACCCUCGCAGGUGUGUGGUUUAUCCUUCAACACAGGCCCGCAUGUGCGUACAGCACUGCAAAUGUACGGGCUAAAUUGUUUUUAGUUAUACAUGACAACCCCCACCUUUUUUUAACUUUUGAUUGGUAAAUUUUUUUAGACUUUUUUUUUUAAUC